AUGGCUGUCAACAUCCCAGGAGUGAUAGCAAUGGUAUUUUUCUACUUACUGGUCCUCGGAACCGGCGUCUGGGCUUCUUUCAAGUCCAGAAGAGAACAGAGGAAAAGAGCAGCUAAUGGAAUGGAGAUGGCCCUGCUGGGAGACCGCCGUAUCAGCUGGAUGGUGGGGAUCUUCACAAUGACAGGUAAGGGGAACGCAGCUUACAGAGAUUGGCUGGAAACUAUGAUUUUGGAUGACAAGGUCAUAAUAAUGGAUGAAAAUAGAUUUAAUUGAAUAAUUAAAAGAUUUCUGAAAUUAAUUGGCAGAUGUAAAGUCUUGUAAACUCUCACAUAACACAUAAACUCAAUUAGUUUAUGUGUCUCUGAUAUCUGCUAAUAAAACCACACUGCAUAAAGUUCUCAUUCAAACAGCCCAAAUAAACUAUAGUCCAGAAAAUGUGAAAGUUUUGUUAUUUUUUUAGGUUAUGAGAAGGAAUGAUUAGGUACAUGAAAUGAAGGACCAAAACCCAAAGAGGGCAAAGAUGUGUCAAGACUUGUUUUGACAGGGAUGACUAAACUGGCUGCAUUGACUGAGGCAGGACAGGGGUGGCAUGAAGUAUGUGUGUAAAUUACAUUAAGUACCCUUUCAGUCAUCACAAAUCCAAUCAACCAACAUGUCCUACAUAUUUUAUUUUCCUUUUUCUAAAUUUUAAAUCUUCAAAAAGCAAAAUAGCUGAGUUGAGAUCUGGAUUUUCCUUUAAGAACUCAGACAGAAUAAAAUGCCUAUAGUAACAAUUUCUGCAAGUUUUCCUCUGAUAAGCAAAUAACCACUCAUAUUUUAGGGUUUUAGGGUGGCAACAGAGGAGGCCUUGCCUGCAGCCCUCAGAAGCAUUUAUCUCAUUAUGCCAAACCUGACUGGCUGGUGAAACGUGACCGUCCGCCUUGGGUAGUCCCAACUACUUUAAGUGGCUCAGGCGGAUGGCGCUGUGACAUUUUCGUGCCUGCCACCGGCGUAUAAAGUGCGCCGAAAGCUCGCCGAUUCAAACCUGGUCAGCUUUCAGCACAGGCGGAGCGCAGCUGGUCUAGUGGUAUUUUGGUAGACCUGUGGCGUAUCGGCAUACAUCACCGAUGCCUCACCGUCAGGUUUCCACAGUGUCAGGCACAUUUCAUUGCAAUAAAUAAUCAACAACUAAUAAUCUGAGUCAGCACAUACAUUUAGAUCUAUAUAGAUAUAUUCUGAUCUAUAUCUGAUCUGAUGGGCGCGUUUGGCACGCGUCUGGACACUCAACCUGUUUGAAUUAACACAGCUGAAACCACAUUAAAUUAAAUCAAAUAUCUAGUAAAUAAACACACAUGAUGAAGUUAACAAGAUAUGUAAUUCGUCUCCCUCCUUUUCUUUCUUCCUCUUCCUCUUAUUUCUCGCACAGCUCGACCUGGACACGUCUCCGUGUCCUCUCUCCGUCCUGCUGCAGGGACUGAACAGAUGAUUCGUUUCAAUGAUUAGAAGAGUUAUUUACUUUAAGCCUACAUACGAAUAUUAUAAUAUUCAGAUUUUUGAGCCAAAUUUAUUUCAUAUGCCAACAUCUAUGAAAGAAAGAGCCAGGCCACGGAGUGCAAUGCGUAAUUUACGCACUGAUGGUUCAGAUUUUAAUGCCAUUAUUGGAAUUUAUGAUGUGAUCUCUACGCACAACCCACCUUUGUCACGUGAGGUUUGAAUAUAUGCAACUUUAUAUGAGUGUCUUUACUUGUGGAAAUGGUGUUUGUCUCACCAGUGGGUCCAACAUUACAUACACCAAAUCCAUCUGUGCUCAUAUGAGAGAGUGUGAAGGACGCCCUCUGCAGUGCUUACAGCAACACUUAUUGAGGAGCUGCCUUCUGUCACCAUCGUGUGGCAUUACUGUCUUCAAACAUCUCUUGAUCUCUUUGACUACCUCAUGAAAAUUGUAAUACGCCUCGCCGGUGGCGGAUUUAAAGGCGAGGAGAGGAGCUGAUGUUAUUGGUCAAUACAGGUCUCGGCUGUGUUAAACCCAUUCGACGCCCUCUCUCCUCCCUCGAUACAACUUACACCGCUGGGAGGAGCUGAGUUAGGGAGGGGGGAUACUUACGCCGGGCUGCGCCGCUCACCAAAAUACCAAAUUGUGCUUGGAAACGCCUUGUCGGGGCGGUGGACCUGUCUUACGCCGCGCCUGCGGCACGUCUCCAGUGAGGCACGAAAAUAGAGCCUGAUCGUUCUUCCUGAGACUCUUUGUCCUAUCCAUAUAAUUCUGCACAGCACGGACCGGACAUAACGCAUGCGACUGCUGCUCUCCCGGUGCGAUAUCAGAAUCAGUGCAUGGCCUUUUUCUCUAAUUCUGUACAGAGUGGGAGGUAUUCAAGCCAGGGGAGGGCAUACGUAAAGAAGCUCGCGCGGCCAGGUGAGCGCUAAAGUGUCUAGGCUGAGGAGAGCUUAUAUGCUGGGGGGUAAAACAGUGCAUACUGUGCAUUUUCCCUUUACGCAACAGUGGAGUGGUGGUCUCAGCUAUGACAGCGGGCCAGGGGAUGGCUAGCCGGACAGCAGCGCGUUUGCAUAUCCGAGCAAGGAAGAGGAGAAGCUGGUAUGCUUCUCUCAUCUUCAUCCCGAGAGGCGGCGAAGGCCGCGGGUUGUGCAGCCUGGGCCGGAGUGAUGAAGAUGUCUUCCUUUUCUUCAUCCUCUGAUAUGAGGUGUUCUGAGGCGCCAUCAUCAUCUUCCCUAUAGUCCAGUUCCAGUUCUUGUAUAUUUAACUAAAUGCGGUUUUAGCUGUGUUAAUAAAAGAUAGCAUAUACAUCAGAAUAUAUUUAUAUAGAGCUAAAUUUUUGUGCUGACUCAGAUAGUUGCACUAAAAAUUGAUUGUUGCUAAUGAAUAUUUAUUGCACUGAAAUGUGCCUGACACUGUGGAAACCUGCCAGUGAGGCAUUGGUGACGUGAACGCACUGCUGUGCAGGUCUACCAAAAUACCUCUAGACCAGCUGCCCUGAAAGCUGAUUAUUAAUAAAUCAUUAUUAAUCAAUAAUUAAUGAUUUUUAUUAAUAAUCAUUAAUAAUUAGUUAUUCUUCUGUUUGAUUUGUAUUUAUUGAUUGUUUUAAUCCAUCCAUUAUCAAUAUAUUAUUUACAAACUGAUCUCCAAAAUGGAAGUUUAUGAAAAUUCCUUUUAUUUUCAAAUAAUAAAAAAAACACAUAAUUUGUAAAUUGCUGUUAGCCUGGGAUGAUAAUCACUCAGCAAUGUGCUCCCUGGUUGGACAGCUGAUGUAUUUCUAAAUGUAACUAAAAGCUAUGUGUGUGUCUAUCCUGUAGCUACAUGGGUUGGAGGAGGCUUCAUUGUUGGCACCACUGAGAUGGUAUACACACCUUCAAUGGGACUCACGAGGGGAGUCAUGGUGAUUUUGGCAUACAGCACAUCAUUUAUAAUCGGUAAGAGCUUGAGGUUAGAUUUGUAAGAGUACUGUUAACUUUAUUCUAAGCAGAAAAGUGCAAUGUAUUUUAGCACAAAUUUCUAAAUCUAUCAUACUUCAUGGUUUAAAAAAUGGUUAUCAGUCAAUGUACUCAAUUAAAGCAGCCCCAAACUUUAAUGCCAAUUUAAUGCUGAUAAGGAGUCAGUUGUUAAGAAGUUGAUAUUGUCUUUACAAUUUAUUCAAAAGUGAAUCUUUAUCCCAUCUGCCUUUCAUUCAAAUAUAGGUGGUUUGGUGUUUGCCAAGCCAAUGAGAGAAAGAAACUUUGUGACGAUGCUUGACCCUUUCCAUGCUAAGUAUGGGAAAGUUCUGACAGCUGGAUUGUGCCUGGCUUCACUUAUGAUUGAUUUAUUCUGGAUGCCCUCAACACUCAUCAGUUUAGGUACGGACCCAUGCUCGCUUAAACACAUGCAUACAUACAGUACAGGCCAAAAGUUUUGACACACCUUCUCAUUCAAUGAAUUUUCUUUAUUCUCAUUACUAUUUGAAUUGUAGAUUCUCAGUGAAGGCAUCAGAACUAUGAAUGAACACAUGUGGAAUCAUGUGCUUAAGAAAAAAAUGUGAAAUAACUGAAAACAUGUUUUAUAUUUUAGAUUCCUCAAAGUAGCCACCCUUUGCUUUUUUGAUAGUGCUGCAAACUUUUGCUGUUCUCUCAAUGAGCUUCAUGAGGAAGUCACCUGAAAUGGUUUUUACUUCACAGGUGUGCCUUGUCAGGGUUACUUCAUGACUGCCAGAGUCAGUCACUAAGUAACUCUGUCCUCAAGAGCAAAGGGUGACUAUUUUAAAGAAACUAGAAUAUAAGACAUGUUUUCAGUUAUUUUACACUUUUAUUAUAAGCACAAAAUUCUACAUAUGUUCAUUCAUAGUUUUGAUGCCUUCAUUGAAAAUCUACGAUGUAAAUAGUCAUAUAAAAAAAUAAAGAAAAGACAUUAAAUGAGAAGGUGUGUCCAAACUUUUGGCCUGUACUGUAUAACUGAGUGUUUAAAGGACCUCUGAGGGAUUAACAGGUUACAACACAGGUGAGUGUCAGUUUAGACCUUAGAAGACAAAGAAACAGAUAUUCACUUUUAUUGAAUCCAGACCACUCUCUUCAAGAGCAGGAUCAGGAUAUUGUUCAUAUUUGGCAUCAGAACCCCUCCAAAGAAAUAUUAUUUAUGCUAAAAAUAAUGAUGAUAUUGGUAGAUUGGAUGGUAGGGGGGAUAGUGAAGCUGACUGAGUGUAGCAGUGAUGUAGAGUGGUGGGGUUAAUGGUAGAUCAGAGGCAUUGACCAGAAGUCUUACCCAUUAGGGAGAACACCAAAUUAGGCAGACACAUGGUCAGGUAACUUAGAGAAUAAUACAUAUCCUAUAGCCCACUUGCCUACAGUCAUGUCUGCAUUUUUUGUUUAUGAAAAGUUUAUGAGAAUUCACAAAUGCUGGGUUUGACAGGAGGAACCAUGAGUGUGGUCCUGGAUUUAUCCUUUGAUAUUUGCAUCUGGAUCUCAGCUGCCAUUGCCAUCACCUACACACUACUGGGAGGUCUCUUCUCUGUGGCCUACACAGAUAUUAUACAACUUGUCCUCAUAUUCUUCAGUUUGGUGAGUCUGGAAUAGUUUCAUCUUUUUCUUUUUCAGUAUGUCUUUAUUUUUCCCUUUAGAGGAUAAAUUCAAAGAAAAUCCUCCAAGAUUGUAUGAAUGAUCUACAUUUUCUUUCCUAUGCAGUGGCUCUGUGUCCCCUUUGUUUUGAUGAAUCCUUAUUCUUUGGACAUAAGUCAGACACUGGUCAACAAUACUCUUCACGCUCCCUGGAUUGGUACACCAGAGUUAAAAAAGUCAUGGACAAUGAUUGAUGAAUUCCUAUUUUUUGUAAGGAAGAAAUUUUGCAUCUUAAACAAGAAAAUAAGUGUAUUGGUGGAUAUUUUAAUAAUGGUAGCUGAAACUUUUUAUUUGUGGACUAUUUUUCAUUUAAGCACUUUUUGUGUAACAGGAUAUGUUUCAGGAAUUAUUCUCAUCUAAAUGGGAGCUUUACUGGUAAAAACAGGCAAAAAUUUGGCAUCAUUCACCCUGUUGGGUGGCCACAGCAAUUUCAUUUACCAACAAGUUAUUUUCCUUCAAGGCUCUGGGGAAUCUGGGAUAUCAGUGUUUCCACCAGAGGACCUUAUCAUCCGCUUCCUCAGCUACAGCAAGGGUCACAUGCCUGGUUGCUGCUUUUACCUUGACUCUAUUUGGUAUACCUCCCAUCUUGCUUGGAGCAGCUGCUGCAUCCACAGGUAUGAACAGAUUUUACAAUCCAGAGCUGUUUUUCCCUAUUCCUGAAUGUAAACUUGAGUUUAUAAACAUUUUUCUCCAGUCAUUUAAGAAAAGGAACCGUUUCCUUUGCAAGUUCUCAGUGAAAAAAAGGCCCUGUCUUUUUUCUUUUUCUUUCCCUGCCUCAUCCUUGUAUUUUCCUUUCCCCAACUUUCUACUUUUUCUGCCUCAACCAAGGACUUGAACACAACUAUUUCACUUAAGGGCCGCAGCUUAAGUGAAAUCAUACCGUAGGUCUUCAUACCGUAGACCUGCCUGUGCUUGACUCUGCUGAGCUACACUUUUAAAAAAGCUGGGCUCACGUGAGAUUGUGUAAUCUUCAUCUGUUUCCAUGUCACAGACUGGAACCUGACCACCUACAGUUCACCAUCGCCAUAUGAACGUGGGGAAGCAGCUCUAGUUUUGCCUAUUACCCUGCAACAUCUUACCCCACCUUUCAUCUCAAUUAUCGGUAUUGGUUGUGUGGCUGCCGCCGUGAUGUCGUCAGCUGAUUCUGCUUUGCUCUCUGCAGCUUCUGUAUUCAGUGCCAACAUCUACAAAAAAAUCCUGAGGCCUCAGGUGAGAAAAUGAGAUUGGUCUUCAAUUUUUUGGUCUACAUUUUAUUUACAGAUAAUGAAUUAGAUAGGGCAGGAUGAUGAAAAACCCAAAUCUGUAAGAGUUAGUUUGAAAUGUUGAUAAAAACAGUUUUUGAUGGUCUAGGAAUCAUUUGACACUUGUUUGAAAUGUUGAGCUGGCGACAUAUUUUGUCCUGUUUUGUUUUAAAAAACCCUAACCCUACCCAACCCCCUAAAUAAUGGUGCAUUCCAGUUGUACCUUGAAGUCUGGAUUUCCGAGCUCCGAGUCAGAAAUUCAUCUGGAACGCCCCCUUGAACUCGGAUUUCCGACUUGGAAAGUUGGACGAUCCUCACCAACCCCCGAUUUGACGUCAUAAUCCAAGAUGGCAGCGCAGUGCAAUUAACAUUAAAGAGUAACAGUGAAAGCUCCUGUAAUGUAUUAUCUAUUAGCACUUCUGUUUUGUUUUUGUGAAAUUAAAUAAAUGGUAUAUGUUGUUCUGCUCAACAUCUAACUGUGAACACGGUGACACAGUUGACAAUUGUUAACAGUGGGCAUCCAUCUUGGUUUUCUUACUUGUUUACUGGAACGAUGUCAACUCUGGUGUAACGUCAGUCCCAGCUCCAACAUCCGACUUCCGAGGUAACUGGAACACAGCAUAAUUCUGUUAAUUUGCAACAGUUUGGUAACAUAGUCCAAGCCACUGUAGGGGCUCAGAAUCACUCCAAAACCCAUUCUCUAUGAGUGCAGUUUGUGACUACUUCCACAAAUAUUGUUUAAACAGUGCUAUGUAAAGAAGAAACCUCAUAAAACCAUAAUCUAGAAACUUGGCCAACUUCUCUGGGUCCACGCCUAUUCAAGAUAGAAAACUGUCCUGUGGUCUGGUGAAUUAAAUUUGGCAUUCUUUUUGGAGAUCAUAAAUGCACCAUUGCUUUUUCUGGGUAAUGCCUGCAUACUCAUAAAAUCACAUGUCAAACCACAUUCAGCAUGCGUUACAAUAGUGUGACUCAGACAUACAAGAGUCUGGAUGUAAAACUGUCCAAACUUCUUAUCCAUUUUUUUUCCAUGAAAAAAAAAAAAAAAAACGACAAAGGAAAUGUUAAGCUGUUGAGCACUGCAAUUCUGUUUCAGGUAACAUUUAGAGAAUAAGUCCAGUUUCUGGAGUUUUAUAAGUGUUGUAAAAAGUGGCAGAAAAAGAUGCCUCUGUCCCAACUUUAUAAAAGGUGUCUGCAUCACAUGAAAAAUAAGCACAGCUUUUUUUUCUUGUGAACACGAUAAAUUUUCAUUUCCAGUAUUUAAUAAAUUGUUUUCGAACUUUUUUAAGAUUCAGGUGUAAAUGAUUUUCAAAGCAUCAAAAUUAGUUUUUGCUAACAUUUCAGUUAGUGAUCUACCUUUUUUGGUAAUGUUGUUACAAAGUAAAGGGUAGAUAAAAGCAUUAUUCCAGGAAACUUCUGCCUAGUCUGUCUUGUAUUUUUUUGUUUGUUUUAGAAAUGUUAUUGCUCUUUUCUUUCACCAAAUUGCUAUAUAGUACAUAUUUUAUAAUUAUUUCCUCUUCCUGUCUGUUUUUUCUUCCAGGCAGCAGAAAGAGAGAUUCUGUGGGUGAUUCGAGGUGCUGUGAUGGUGGUUGGUGUGAUCGGUACAUUACUCACCAGCCUGAAAACCAGCGUCCUUUUGUUCUGGUUCUUAUGCUCUGAAGUGGCGUACAUCGUGAUCUUCCCUCAACUUGUUUGCGUCCUCUUCUUUAACUUUUCCAAUGGAUAUGGGGCUGUUCUUGGCUUGAUAGUGGGGUUGAUUUUAAGAGUGCUCAGUGGAGACCCAUUACUGGGAUUAACACCAGUCUUACACUUCCCAGGUUGCACUCUUGAGGAUGGUGUUUAUGUCCAGUAUGCUCCGGUCAAGACCAUCUCAAUGCUGUCUGCUGUUGCUGCCAUCCUGAUUUUCUCCCAUGUCACCGCUGUGCUCUUUAACAAAGGCUGGCUUCCUGAGAGGUGGGAUGUGUUCGGAGUGAAAGCUCAGCACUCACCACAUCAACUAGCACCGAUAGGUGGCAAGACUGAGUAUGAUGAGAGUGAAAAAUUGAAUGAAAAUAUCUCUUAG